AUGUCUGAUUUAGUGACGAAAUUCAAGUCCAUGGCUUUGGACACAAAGUUGAGCAAAGAGCAAGAGGCUCAGGCCGCUCAAUGGGACUCCGUUGUGAAGUCCGGCCAGGUGCAACCACACUUGGAUGAGCUAAACUUACAAUUAAGGGAUCACUCUUUCUUGUUGGGUACCUUAGUGCCAACUCAAACCGAUGUUGUUGUUUUUGAACCCACCUUUCCUGUCAUUAAGGACCUUUUGUCAUCAUCUAAGGAUGUCAAGGGUAAUUACGCCAAGUUUAGACAUAUUUUGAGAUGGGUUGCGUAUUUGCAGGAGUUGCUACAAUUGCCAGAAAGUGAUAAACUGGCAAUCAAUUUCGAUCUAGACUUGCCUCGCGAGAUCAUUGAGAAGAAGAAGAAGGAAGAUGUGAAGAAACCAGAAGAAAAGAAGGAAGAAACAAAAAAGGCUGAUGCCGGCAAGGCGAAGCAACCAAGAGGUAAGCCAGAUGAAGAAACUCUAAAGAAGCUAAGAGAAGAAGCUAAGGCCAAGAAGGCCGCCAAGAAGGCUGCUGCCAACCAGCAACAACAAGAACAGCAGGCACCACAAAAGCCAAAGCCAUCUGCUAUUGACUUCCGUGUCGGUUUCAUCCAAAAGGCUAUCAAGCACCCAGACGCUGACGCCUUAUACGUUUCCACAAUCGACGUUGGUGAUGCAGAGGGUCCAAGAACUGUUUGCUCUGGUUUGGUCAAAUACUACCCUCUAGAAGCCAUGCAAGAACGUUACGUUGUUGUUGUUUGCAACUUGAAGCCUGUCAACAUGAGAGGUAUUAAAUCUACCGCAAUGGUUCUUUGUGGUUCUAAUGAAACUGAAGUCGAGUUCGUUGAGCCUCCUGCUGGUUCUAAACCUGGUGACAAAGUCUUUUUCGAAGGAUUCGGUGAUGAAGAGCCUCUCAAGCAAUUGAACCCUAAGAAGAAGAUUUGGGAACAAUUGCAACCACACUUCUCCACAAACGAAAACUUGGAAGUUAUAUUUAAGGAUGACGAGGACGAACAACAAAAGGUAAGAAAACUUACAAAUGCCAAGGGUGAAUCCUUCAAGGUGGCAUCUAUUGCCAACGCUAACGUCCGCUAA